GUGUCAUCAAUUUGGUGCAACACUAGCAACGAUGGCCGACCACUCGGAACUGGUGUCUGAGAUGCCGGUGCUCGAGAAGCUCAGCACUCAAGAGAGGCUGAAGUUGGCGCGAAAGAGACGGACCCAACAGCUGAAGAAGUGGUCCCAACGCGAGAAGGAGUUCAAUAACAAGAGACGCAAAUCGGACGCCAAGACUGGUGUCAAGAAAAUUGAAUAUAAAGUGCAUUUCGUGCCAUCGGUUAUGCUCUUAGAGGCCGCCGCUCGCAAUGAUGUCGAGGAAGUGAGACGACUGUUGAUGUUAGGCGUCUCAUCGGACUCUACCAAUGAGGACGGAUUAACGGCUUUACAUCAGUGUUGUAUUGAUGACAGCGAAGAAAUGAUGAAACUUUUGAUAGACUUCGGCGCUAAUGUGAACGCAAAAGACAGCGAGCAGUGGACACCAUUGCACGCGGCGGCCACUUGUGGUCACUUGCAUCUAGUUAAAUACCUGAUCAGCAAAGGGGCUGAUUUACUGGCCGUCAAUGCGGACGGGAAUAUGCCUUACGAUAUAUGUGAGGACGAGCUCACACUCGACAACAUUGAGUCAGAAAUGGCCAAAAGGGGUAUCACUCAGGAAAUGAUAGAUCAAACCCGAGCCACAAAUGAGAUGCAAAUGCUUGACGAUCUCAAGAAGAUGGUCGCAUCGGGACAUGACCUCGAGUACCGAGACGGUCAGGGCGCCACACCUCUGCACAUUGCUUCAGCCAAUGGGUACACCACUGUUGUUGAGUAUCUAUUAGACAAUCACGUGUCUACAGAUGAAUGUGAUUCGGAUCAGUGGCAAGCCAUACAUGCGGCCGCCUGUUGGGGACACCUCGAUGUCUUAGAAUUAUUGGUCCAAAGCGGAGCCGAUGUUAACGCAAAGACAAAGAAUGGCGAAACUCCUUAUGAUAUCUGCGAAGAUCCGGAACUAAAGGAACGAAUAAUUCAAUUGAAGAACGAAUUGGAGACGAAGAAGGCCUCACAUCCAAACCGACUGAAGAGGUCUCACAGUCAGAACACAAGGAGUCAUUCGGUUCGCAGGACUAGUAUUAGAGAAAAGUCUCAAAUCGCCAAAAGAGAGGCUCGAGAAGAGGCUCGCAUUCGUCACCAAAAGGAGACCGAAGUCGAUGACGACGACACUCCCCAGACAUCAGAUGCCAAAGACGACGACACCACUGAUUCAUCACCGGCGCCGCCAACAGAUCCCAUGCCAUCACACCUUAACGGUUACGACUCGACAAAUGCCAUCGAUUUAAAUAACAUAGACUUUCGGAUCGAUUCUCAUAAGAAAUCGAUUGAUUCUGAUUCAGACGUUUCCACACAAAACACUUCAAAUCAAAUUCAACCGCAAAGUAACUCUAAUAAUAGUAAAGAAGCGAUUGUUAUCAGAAACACUGGUUAUACGGAUCGGGACAACAAACAAGAGUUCAACUCAAACUCAAACAAUUCUCCCGAAUGUCAGUCACAUUUAGGUGCCAAUAGGGGGUCGGGCUCUGAGUCGGUCAACAUAGAGAUUCGUGUGACAGUGAACACCACUCCGAACAACACAUAUAAUUCGGGCACUUUGGCUGAUCUCAAGAAACAAAGAGCAGAGAAACACAGGAAUAGUUUAACUCAUUCUUCAUCGUCCGACUCGACGGUCAACCGUAUGAUCGAAUCGGGCCGUAAUUCCAUAACAAAUGUGCCCACAAAUGCAUUCAACUCUAUUAGUGCUAAGUGUUCGUACGACAGCCCACCCUCGCCCACCACUAACAUUAGGAAAUUCAAGGGAAACCCCAGUGAUAUCGUCGGCGAGUCCCGGAAGAAGGGCUGUUUUGGGUGUACUAUAAGUUAGAGCUUUUGCUUCCAUUGCACUCAUUCUUUACAUUUGUUUUUUGGUCUCUUUUGAUGUUCACAUCAAUUGAUUGUAUGUUUUGCCUAACAUUCCUAACGGACAACACUUAAGUAAUUUUAUUCAAUACUUUGUGAUAGUUAUA